AUGAAGACGUUGCAUGUGGCACUCAUUGUUGUGCUCUCUGUUGCCAUAUUGGGCGCUAUUGGAGGUCUGAUAGCAUGGGGGGUGAUAGCUACUCAGAAAUGUUCGCCAGAGACUUCAGAGACUUCAGAGACUCCCCAGUUGAGGAACAUGGACUGGUGGGAGCACUGCAGCUUGUACCAGAUCUACCCAAGAUCAUUCAAGGACAGCGAUGGAGAUGGCAUCGGUGAUUUAGAAGGUAUAAUGCAAGAGCUGGAACACUUCGUAGAUGCUGGAGUGGACGCUAUUUGGAUGUCUCCUAUCUUCAAGUCCCCUAUGGUGGACUUCGGAUACGACAUCAGCAACUUUUAUGAAAUCCACGAAGAGUAUGGUACCAUGGAACAGUUUGAUCAGCUACUUAAGAGGGCUCAUGAACUUGGAAUAAAAUUACUAUUGGACUUCGUGCCGAACCACGCGAGCAAUGAAUCCGAGUACUUCAUAGAGUCCGAAGCGAGAAAUCCGAAAUACGAGGACUUCUUUAUCUGGGAUGAUGGUAUCCCUGACCCUGAGAAUCCAAAUUCCAGACCACUCCCCCCUUCAAAUUGGGUGAGUCAAUUCGGCGGGUCUGCGUGGGAAUGGAGCGAAAAGAGAGGACAAUACUACCUUCAUCAGUUUGCGGUUGAACAAGCAGACUUCAACUUCAGAAACCCAGCCGUGAAACAGGAAAUGUUUGACAUUAUGAAGUUCUGGUUGGAUAAAGGCGUUGAUGGCUUCAGAGUUGACGCGCUGCCAUACCUGAUAGAAGCAGAUCCAGCCGACCAUGGUGGAAAGUACCCAGAUGAUCCUCUCAGUGGACUGCCGCAGUUCGAAUCACAUCAGCUAGGCUACACAAUUCCUCUGCACACCAAAGACUUAAUCGAAUUGUAUGACGUCGUGUACGAAUGGAGAGAGUUUAUCGAUGAGUACAAUAAGGAGCAUGGAGGAGAUACCAGGGUUUUAUUCUCAGAAGGAUAUGCGAACAUAACCAUGACUAUGUUGUACUAUGGAAAUGAGGAAGGAAAGAUUGGUGCCCAUUUCCCGUUCAAUUUCGACUUCAUCACUGACGUGUCUUCUAAGUCUAAUGCGAGGGACUUUGUCUACACCAUACUGAAAUGGCUCACCUACAUGCCUUAUGGAGCAGUAGCUAACUGGCAGUUCGGUAACCACGACAACAACAGAAUGCCGACGCGGUUCCGUCACGACAUGGUGGACGGUCUGAACUCUCUGAACAUGAUGCUGCCCGGCACCUCAGUCACCUACCAGGGCGAGGAGAUUGGCAUGAGGGACGGCUACGUCUCCUGGGAAGAUACAGUGGACGUAGAGGCCUGUAACCGAGGAGAUGAAGACACUUAUCACUUGUACUCCAGGGAUCCUGCCAGGACCCCGUACCAUUGGAAUGAUGGUCCUAACGCCGGGUUCUCCACAAAUUCCUCAACCUGGCUACCAAUUGCUGAAGACUACCAAGAAAUUAAUCUGGCCAAACAAAAGGCAGAUGCAAGGAGUCACUACAAGGUGUACCAAGCAUUGACAGCCUUAAGAAAGGAGAAGACUCUCUCCCAUGGCGAGUACGAUAUCAGGGCGCUGUCAGACAGCCUAUUCUACUUGGUCCGGUACCUGAGCACACAUGACACGUUCGUGUUGCUGUUCAAUGUGGGCACAGCUCCCGACACCGUCGUGUUGGACAGAGUGCCAUACCUCAGAAGACCAGCCACCGUCUACAUCUCUAGCAUACAUUCCAGCAGGAACAUUGGAACUGUCAUCAAUCAAGAUCAGCUGAUCCUAGCUCCUGGAGAAGCUCUGAUACUGCAGUCACCGUCCGCUUGA